UAAUUAAAGAAAACAAAUUCCGAUGUAAAACCCACAAAGAGAAAAUUAAUCCUAAAAUAUAAUAAAGACAUGACGAGAAGAAAACUCUUGAUUAUGGUCAAAUAGUCUAGUCUAUGACUAGAUUACGCCAGAAAUGGUCAGAGAACAGACUAACUGAAUAACAACAAUCAAGUGUUUAAGUUAUCACGUUGUUAUAUUUGAGGUUAUCGCCUGGAAUAUAGUGUUAACUGUAUUAACAUCAAUCAUAUAUCCUUAAAAUAUUCUGAAUUGAAUAAUUAAAUUAAUAGAAGUGUCGCUGUAUACAUACAAAUAAUUCAAAAUGCCGAAAUCAAAGAGGGACAAGAAAGUAUCAUUAACAAAAACAACAAAAAAGGGAUUGUUAAUAAAACAGAAAAUGAUUGAGGAAAUAAGAAAUUCACUGUCAAAAUAUGAGCAUAUAUUCCUGUUUACUGUUGAUAACAUGCGCAACACAAAACUGAAAGAUCUACGCAGUGAGUGGAAAGAUUCAAGAUUCUUUUUUGGUAAAAACAAAGUCAUGGCUGUAGCACUUGGGAGGACAAAAAGUGAUGAAGUUGAAGAUCAAUUAAAUUUGCUAUCUAAAAGAUUAAAAGGACAGUGUGGAUUACUAAUGACAAAUAAAAAUGUUCCUGAUGUUUUGGAAUGGUUCAAAGAUUUCCGUGAUGCAGAAUAUGCUCGGGCUGGAUUUGUUGCUACUAAAGAUGUUAUAUUACCACAAGGCCCGCUUGCUGACUUCUCCCACACAAUUGAACCACAUCUAAGGAGAUUAGGUUUACCAACAUCUUUAGAAAGAGGUGUUGUAAAUCUAAUAAAAGAAUAUCAGGUCUGCAAAAAGGGAGCUCCUCUGACGCCAGAACAAGCAAGUAUAUUAAAACUACUAGGUAUUCAAAUGGCCAAGUUUAAAGUAGUCAUUCAAUGUCAUUGGACAAAAGGCAAAGGUUUCCACAAGGACUUAGAUGUGGAAAGUGAAGAUGAGGCUGAGGACAAUGAUGAAGCAGACGAUGAUGAUGUCAUGGAGGAAGAUGAAACAUAGUAUUUAAGGAUCUAUAUAAAUAUAUAUUUUUAAAAGAC